CGCAGCAGAACCCAACAAUAAGGCGCUGGUUUCAUUCAUAACACGGCAAGACUCGGGCGCGACCAGUCCGCUCCAUUCAAUUCUGUCGGCCACGUACAGCCGGAACACCUGUACACCGAAUAUUCUACCUGAAUCUUGAGCGAGUUGGCUUUUUGGUCCUUCGAGCCGGCCCACACUUUGCGUGUUUCUCGAAUUGUUCUACGCGGCACUUGGGUGGCUCUCGUCUUUCCAAUUUUUCUUUUCUUCUCUUUUCGUCUCCUCUUUGAAUUAAUGUAGGCGGAAAAUAUUUGACAUUUUUUCGGUGCCAAACAAGUUGAAGUUAUUUCUCAUGGAGCGCCUAUGUGUAUAUGUGAUCUCGGCUAUUUUUCUUGCUGUUUUACCAUGGCAAUUAGCAGACGCAUCUUGCUAUUUCUCCCAUGAAUUCCAAGGAGAUUUCGUAAUGCAAACCUCGGCAAAUGUCGGCAGUGGAAUUCAAUAUAGCCCCCUCACUAUAAACGCCAUUUCUAUAUCGAUUUGGGGCAAUUGCCAUAAAAGGAAUGGCAGCAAUGUUAUCCUCAUGUUCAAUUUCAGCGUACCGACUUGCUACAGAUGCCUCCAUUUGAAGCUGCGAUCACCUAAUGUGCUUCAAGUGUUUGCUUCUAGUCAAGAAAUCAUUUCGAAAUGUUUUACCAACGUUGAAGCAGCGGAAGCAAACUGUCCUUCUGAGGAAUCCGUCGAAACGCGUGGUUCAGCGGCGGAAAUAUUGUUAUUCAAAAUUAAAGAUUACCAAGACCUAAUCACCCAAAAACAGUACUGCCCCAUCGAUGGAAAAUACUACACAGACUACAAAGGGAAGAACCCUUUAAGGCCUCAAGAAUGUGUUGGUUUCAACUCUACAGUCGAUUCCUGCCCUUCAGGCUCAACACUAAACUUCAGGUUGAGAAGCUGCUCAUUCGACAGCUACGACCUGAGGUUUGACUGUCUUGGACACUGGAAAGGACCAAACGAUCAGACAUUUCUGGUAUUUACAGACAGCAGACAUCUGGAUGGACAGAAACCAAAAUACAGAUGUGCUCUUUACAGACAAGACAAAGUUACCGGCCAGGUCGAAAUGGCUGUAAGCAGGGAUUCAACUUGCACUACUGACCUAUACAAUGCCACCAAUGGCUUCGAAACCUUCGUCUUAUCGCAAAAAACUGAAAGCCCUUGGCCCCCAGAAGUUAGUUUUGGAAUUUGUAGCUUCCCAAAAUGGAUGUUCGGCACUUGGGAAUAUGUGAGAGUCGAAGCAGACACAAUGGUGUAUAAGGAUCACACUUCAUUCAAAACUUACACGAUCAAAUGUGCGGGUGAACAUGAAGAAAGUAAUAAAUAUUUGGUCUUCAGUAGAACCCAGUGUAACGAAGAAUCAUAUAACUGUAUGAGAAUAGCAAACAGAAGUAAAAAUAUCCUAGAAUUCCAAUUGGGAACUAAUUCCAGCACUAGCAAAGACGUUUAUUCUUUAUGUUCCAAUGAUAACUUUGAUGACAAUUCUUGGAUAACCCAAGGAAGACUAGACCUUACAUCCCCUAUGCAAAACAGACUUUGUCCAAUAACCGGGGAAUAUACAGGGCGUAUUCCUGACGCUCCAGACUUAUGCGCCAAACUGUGGUCUGACUGUAGAGCUCCUGAACUAAUGUACUACCAAGUAUCCGACUGUACUAACGACGAGAUAUACGAAGAAAGAGAGUAUCAGUGUUUGGGACAUUGGAAAGAAAUGAAUUUGCUCUAUACCUAUACAGAGAGAAAAGAUGUAGCUGAUGGUACUUACGAAUGUUUUGUCGGUUCAAUCAACUCGGAUAAAGAAAUAUACAUCAAGGAGGCUGGUGAACACUGCCAGAGAAAUAUCAAUCCCUCGCUCUAUGGUAUGAAGCUUACUAAGACAAAAUCGACUUAUUCUUGUGGAAGUACAGACAGACCAUAUUUGGAACCUUCGCUACCUCCAAGAUUCAGUACUGUGUCACCUAGACGUACCACAACCAAAAGUACCGACUCCAAUUCCAUCCCGGAUCAGCCACAUGACAAGCAAAACGCCAGUGAAAAAGUAUCGAUAUCGCUUCUGUACAUGUUCUUGUUGUUUGUAUUUACUAGAUCCUUAUAAUGCAAAGACUUAUAUAGCUUUAAACCUUGAAGCAGACGAUGUUUUCGAAAACUUUUGUUCUUAAACUGUUUUGAAAUAUCGUUUACUGUUCCAGAGACAUAACUUUCUGUGUUACACAGUUCCAGACCUUGCCAGACUACAAUCUAAUUUAUACUAGAAUUAUUAUCCUCUGCCUGUAUCAUAUUAUUUAUUUCCUAUAAUUAUUUUAAUAAGCCUAUCGAUUAUUGACAUCGAUUUUAAUAUUACUCGGUCUUUAAGUGUUCCAUAAUUUUAUUUUAAAAAUCUUUUCGACAACGAGUCUAUUAUUUGUAAUAUAUUUUAAAGUAUACUUGAAUGAAUGAACAAAUGUAUGAAGGAUGCUAGAAUGAGUUUAGAUUUAAACAUAUUGUGAUGUAUAUUAUUAAAUUAUUUAGUAUUCGUAUUAAAAAAAAUUCUACGUUUUCAA